CUCAGUGCUUGUAGCAGUGUGGUUGGUUUAUGGCUGUGUUGUAGCCCGACACCAGAGCAACGAUCUGACUGUCGUGCGCUGUACACACGGCUUGUGUGCGCUGAAAAUGUCCAGAAAGUGACUCAGAAAGGAGACAGGACAACCUGGACGCUAACGCUGGAGUCCUUGGAAGUUUUUUCGCUGGCUAACCUGGCUCUCCUGCGCCGUAUCCGCAGCGUUAGGCCUCAUGGAGCUGGGGACACACCACCUACUGUGGACCAAGGAGCUUCAUCCAUGCUGGCUUCCAAGCAGACGUCCAUAAAGGGUGGGAAACUUAGCUACCCUGAAGUUGUUUUCCUCUGCCCUUUUCCUGAGACGCCCCCUUCCUUCCCCAAGGUGAAACCACUCCACUGUGUUGGAGAGUAACGGCAUGAUCGGCAAGCUGAAACAGAACCUGCUGGUGGCCUGCCUGGUCAUCAGCUCAGUCACCGUCUUUUACCUUGGCUGGCAUGCGAUGGAAUGUCACCAUCGCUCUGAGGAGCGCAGCCAUCCAGGAGGAGUCUUGCCUCUGUCCGCGCUGGGAGGCAGCAUGCGGACCACCUUACGGACAGGCCAGAACCUCAGCACACCGUUUGUUUACAACAAAGACACGCCACUGAUUUUUAUAGGGGGUGUGCCAAGAAGCGGUACCACACUGAUGAGAGCAAUGUUAGAUGCCCACCCUGAGGUGCGCUGUGGAGAGGAGACGCGCGUCAUUCCCCGCAUCCUGGCCAUGAAACAGAUGUGGAGCCGUUCAGGACGGGAGAAGAUGCGCCUGGAUGAGGCUGGUGUAACAGAUGAGGUGCUGGAUGCUGCCAUGCAGGCCUUCCUACUGGAAAUCAUUGUCAAACACGGUGAGCCGGCAAACUUCCUCUGCAAUAAGGACCCGUUUGCACUGAAGUCGCUCUCCUACCUGGCCAAGAUUUUCCCACGUGCCAAGUUUGUGCUCAUGAUUCGUGAUGGGAGGGCAUCGGUUCACUCCAUGAUCUCACGGAAAGUAACCAUUGCAGGAUUUGACCUGGGCAGCUAUCGCGACUGCCUGACCAAGUGGAAUCGGGCGAUAGAAACUAUGUACACUCAGUGCUUGGAGGCAGUGGACAAAUGCCUACCUAUGCACUAUGAACAGUUGGUCCUCCAUCCUGAGAAAUGGAUGCAGACACUGUUGAAGUUCCUAAAAGUUCCUUGGAAUGAUGCUGUCCUUCACCAUGAGGAGCUUAUUGGGAAAGCAGGGGGAGUUUCCCUUUCCAGGGUGGAGAGGUCCACAGACCAAGUCAUUAAGCCAGUAAACGUGGAAGCCUUGUCUAAAUGGGUGGGAAAGAUCCCACCUGAUGUGGUGAGGGACAUGGCGGUCAUCGCUCCCAUGCUUUCCAGACUGGGCUAUGACCCGCACGCCAACCCCCCCAACUACGGGCAGCCGGACCCCAGAGUAUUGGACAACACCAGGAGGGUCUUUAAAGGUGAAUUUCAGCUCCCAGAUUUCCUAAAAGAGCAAUCACAGAUGCAGAAGUCUGCAGAGAGAUCCAAUCCCAGUUAGAAGCAGAGGAACAGCUGGACCACAGCACAUAGAACUGGGUGGACCCAAGCUAAAAGACGCCUCUCCAUCUGCACUGGACUUUGGCACAUCCAAGCGUUCUUCUCUGGUUCCUCUUCCUGUGGUCGGCUCUCUCUCCUCUGCUUCAGGAGGACCUUUGGCCUUCAGUGUUGUACCUUAACGUGAGAAGAUGUGCCACUUCUCAGCACCAUGGAAUGUCUGCUGAUUGUUAUUUUGUGUCGCAUUACACUCAUCAAGUUUGUAGGAACGACCUCUGGAUGUUUAGCGAAAAAACUGUGAUUCUGUUGUAAGAAACUGCAGUGAUCUAAAAUCAAACCAGUAUAUAUGAAUGGGUGGAUUAGCUUUCAGAAGCUGCAAUACUUACUUUAAUGUUUCAUUUUUGUUUCAAUGCCUUUUUAUUGUGCAAUGCCAUGGGUACUGUUUAUUUUAAUGUAUCGGAAGUGAUAAAUGAUGCUUUUUUUAAAAAAAAACAAAAAAACAUGUCUGUCUGUUGAUUGUUGCUUUUUUUAUAUUGAAGAUGUCAUCAAUCUUUUCACUUGGAUGUAAUAUGACAAUAUGCAGGAAAAUAUCUGAUUUGAUUGAUAAAAUAACUUUUAAGCACAAAACUGUUCUCUUGACAAUGAUAUUUAUGUGGCCACAGAGAAACUUAUGGAGGGCUGGAUUUUGCCCCCAUGCCUUUAGUUUGACUCACAUGCCCUACUCCUUUGUGUUUGUUCAUAUUUUCAUAGUGAGCUUACAUGGCUGGUCAGAGAGAGCAAGCUUUCCAUUCAAAGAGCCACUUUUGCCCCUGCUGUUCCAAAGUAAAACUCACAUAGAGGCACAACAGACAAUUUUCUAAAUAUGUAAGGCAUCAAAUAUUUUAAUAUGAAAGCAAAGAAAAAGUAAUUUACCUAUAAUGAUAUUUUAAAAUAAAAUCAACCCUCUGGCACAAAAGAGAAAAACUUUCUUGUAAAAUGAGGUGAGCCUUUUCUAUAAAUAUGGAAAGUAAAGAAAGAUCGGUUGCAUAGAUUGAAGCUAGUUUCUUUUAAAAAUUUGUUGCAUAUAUUCCAUGCAGAUAUUGAAUAAGAACUUAGAAUGACCUAGAAUGACCAUUUCUUGUUGCAGGCAGGAUCAUAAUCAUUUCCUUUUUUGUUUUGUAAGAGCCACUGUAGGGCCGCCGGUUGCAGACUACCAGCCUAUUAAUGCUGCAUGUGAACUCCCACUAGGCAGCAGCACUUACAAGCUCAACUCUUUCUAGAAGAGUCAGGGUAAACACUGUAUAUAUCAUACUUAAAGUGUUCCACCGCAGCAGUGUGGGCUUUGCCUCUAUGAUAAAAGUGAACAUAUUGUGCAGGCUUACAUUGCAACUAGUGAAGAUUAGCCAUUAUCAUUAUGAGAUGGGAUACAGAUAACCUUUCCUGUUCCUUCCUGCCAUCAUCAAGUUAUCUCUCAUCUGUCCUCUUAUGCUGCUUCUUGUUUGUGCCUCUCUGUCACAGUUCAUUUUACAAAUUAGUGCUCUGCUGGAAGGAGGUGGAGGAACUAGAUUUUUUUUUCUCACUUUUUGCAAUAUUGUGUAAGCUGCGUCUUUUUGUGAACAAGUUUGAUGAAAACAUUUAUCUGUCUUAUAAUGAAUAAAUCAAUCAGAACAUA